AUGUCCCCCCUUAACAGUUCUUCCACAUUUAGAGAAGAAAUGGAUGUGGUCAAUUGCAAUUUUCAAGCUGUGAUUCCUUUCCCACACACCAUGUCAGCCCGGCUGACGGCAUUUGUUACCUGUAUUAUCAGUGCAAUAGGCUUGACAACUGCUGUUUCGUGCAAUACAUUAUUUAUCUUGGCCUUUGCAAGAACGCGCGAACUCCGAACCUACGCGAAUCUGUUUCUAGUCAGUCUGUCAUUUACAGAUUUAUUGGUUGGUAGUGUGGUGGAACCGCUGUAUAUCACACGGCAAUCUCUUGCUUUAACCGGGAUUGAUAACUGUGAAGUCUGGGUUGCAUAUCUCACAAUGGCUUUAUUGUGUACGGGCGCGUCUUUUCUUAACCUUACUUUGAUAAGCUGCGAAAGAUACGUUGCAAUCUUCUCUCCGUUAAACUAUAUGAGACUGGUGACAAAAGCUCGCGUUUUAAGCAUUAUCGGUGGUGUGUGGUUAGCUUGGAUCACUCUAACUUGUAUGCGCUUCGCUGGAAUACCAAACCGUUUUGUGUAUCUGAUAUGCUUUGCUGUGAUUGGAUCAUGUUAUGCUAUUACAGGAUUUAUCUACUUCUUCAUAUUUCGCGAAGCAAGGAGGCAUCAUCGGCGAAUUAUUACAGAACAGCAAAACUAUGACCCUCUUGCUCCUGGUGUAGCACGCGAGACCAAACUUGCAAAGACCAUGGCGUACAUAUUCGGAGCUCUGUUAAUUUGCUACACACCAGGAAUGGUUAUUCUUCUUAUUCGCACGAUCAAAGGUGAUUCACCUGAAUUACUAUACAGUUUCUACCCCUGGGCUGAAAAUCUGAUUUUUCUAAACAGUUCCCUGAAUCCAAUGAUUUACUGUUGGCGUAAUCGAGAAAUACGGCGCGUUGUUUUCUGUUUUUUAAGUCCGUUGACAAGUAAAUUAUUUAAGAAUCGUGAAGGGUCUUUGAUGAAUAAGGCUAAUUGUCAAGAAGGAAGAUCGAAAACUCCAAAAACUGAACAUGCAACAUUUGCGAUCAGGGUAGGGCCUCAAAACUCUAAGGAAACGAUCAACGACCUUGAAGUGCUAUCCAUCUGCUCUAAAGAUUAA